ACUUCCAUGUCGCUUAAUCCGCUGAGCUCUGGAGAGAAACGCUGAUCCGGGUUUUCUCUCAGAACCCUGGACCGGCCGUGAGGAUCAGACCUGUUGUGAAAGUUCUCCUCCAGCUGAGGGACGAGGGUCGAGGUGAAGAAAGAUGUGUCUGGACUGUGGCUUUGUGCUUUAAACGAUUGUGGCGAUAGUUUUUCAGUCAUCAUUCAGGACAGGACUGCCGGAUUACAUGAGGGUUAUUUUCCCCUUCGUAUGGUCUUAAGGUGCACCGGUGGUCCGUUUCCCCCUCCGAGGGGCAUCAGAGGCUGAUAUCGGUGAGUUUAUCAACUUUAUUCACUCUGUUCUCUAGAAAAGAAUAUGAAAUAAAUAACUUUACCUACUUCUUUGAUAUAAUUUUCACUGUGACUGUUUGGCAGCUUUCCUUAAAAUCAUCACAAAACUACUCGGUUUUUGUGUGUAAUCCCCCAAAAGCACUUGUCUCUAUCAAAGUCUGACUAUUUAAUGCUCCUUUUCAUGAGUUCCCAUGAGCUUUGAGUUGCUAUCAUGGAGGUUUUAGUCUUAGAGAAGCAGGUUUGGACUUUGUGACUCAGAGAAAUCCAGAAAAAAAAACAAAAAAAACGAGAUUUCCUCUUUAGGAAUCCUAUUGCUGAAAACAUAAACCCUGCUGUGUGUUAAGACUCAGAUUUUCUUGUGUUGGUGGCUUAAAAUGGGUUUGUAGUUCUCAUAAGGACACAGCUCUACUCGAUAAAGGUUUGGACCGCAAUGAUAAGAUGUGUGAUAUACAGUUAAACUUGUUUAUUUAUUGGAUAAAUUAAGUUAGUUUUAGUCACUUGAAGACAUUUAACAGAUUCAAAGAGGUAGCCAGUUUGACAGUCAGGAUAAUAUUGAAAUAAUCUUUGUUUAUCAGGUCAAACAUGGACUUUGCACUAAAUAAAACCCCGUUUAGUAAGUCUUUACUGAUAAAUUUCCCACCAAAUAUGUCCAUAAUGUCUUUUUAAAGUUACUUAUUAGUUGUAUCAUAUAGCGAGAAUAUUAAAGCUCUUUAAUUAAGGUGAAGGUGAAAUUGCAGUCAGUUUCAUUGUCUUGUUCUUAUGUAAAAAGCUAAUUCCACUUUCACUCUAGGACCACAAUGCCUGGAUAAAUUGUGUGCAUUUGUAUGUUUUUAUUCCCAUUCUUUAGAUGAAAACAACGAGCUGAUUGAUUGGCCAGAGGGGUUGAGCGACAGCUGGAGGAGGUGUGUCAGCGAUGGGGCGCAAACUGGAUCUGUCGAGUCUAUCCGACAAUGAGGCGGAGCAUGUCCUGCAGGUGGUGCAGAGAGACAUGAAGCUACGAAAGCAGGAGGAGGAGCGACUCAGGUUAGUCCUGAACCACGGCGGGAUCGUGAAUUUAGGAGUUUUAGUUUUGGACCAACUGGAUUGUUAUCUUUCCUUUUUAAGUUCACUAUAACCUCUCUGAGUUUAUUGUUUUUGGAUGCUGUUGGCAAGUUCUCCAUAAUAACGACCUUUACGUCUCAACUCUGACUACUCAUCUCACAUUUGGAAGUCUAACCAUUUAUCCACCUAAACUGUGUCUAGAUCUGAAGCUUUAUUCCCUUCACAAGUUCCCCUUAUGAUUAAUGUUGUUUCCGGAGAUAGCUUUAUUAAUGUAAACAUGGGUUAGGCCACCCUCACAGCAGAUACACUCUGUUUUCUUUCACAGCUGCUUGUGGCCUGAAUAAACUGAAACCACCUGAAACAAUGAGCAGGUUAAAUUAAACUCCACCAGUUAGAAAAUCAUCAUUAAUUCACCGACUGGUUUCUUGUAUCUUUCACUGAUGGGAAAAUGGUUUGACGUUUUUAGAAAUCAGUUUGCAUUUCUCCUCCUCCUCUCUCUGCUCUGAAGUUUGUUCAACAACACGGGAUAGGAAACAACCGCCCUUUCCUGUUGUACUUAGACUAACUUCCUCGAAACUUCAGUCCAGCCUUCAGAGCACAAACACAACAUGCAUGAACACAAAGACUGACAAAAGUCUUAUUGUAAAGAAUUGCUCUCUCUUGUUCUAAAUUUGGUAAGAUGAGGAUACAUAAUAGUUGGAAAUGCUUUCCAGCUGAAGUCAGUCAUGGGUUAAAAAUGACAUGAGUAUGACGUUUUUUCUAUUACUGUUUUACUUUUACACAUGCUUCCAGUGUUUCAUCACCAUCUGAGGAAUGUCUAAAUGUUGAAUUUGGCUCAAGCUUCAUACUUAGAAUUCUGUUUUUGUUAGAUUUUUUUUUGUAUGGUGACAGAUACUGUCAACAUGUCCUCUUAACUCCAUGAUUAAGCGAUAAUAGUAGCGACAGCUUCAAGGCCUCAGAAGUUUCAAACCUCUUGAGGUGCAACAGGGCAGCUUUUCCAGCCUGUGCGAAAUCUUAGAUUGUCAAAAACAAAUAUGACGUCUUACCUCAUUAGUGUCUUUUACACAAAUUGUUUAGUCAUUAAAGAUAAACCAAUAAACUUCUAUUUAAAUGAAACUAUUGGAAAAAUUAAGAGAAAAACUAACUCUGCAGAUCUCAUAUGUAUCUGAACUUAAUAAGAGGCCCACAUAGAAACCUUUUUUUUUAAUCAACAACAAACACAGCUGCUGUUUCACACGCUGUUUGUUUUGUUCUUUCUAUGAUAUUUGUUUUUAGUAAUAAAACCUUUACGUAAUAAAGCAACUUGAGAGGACACUAAAAAUGAGCCCCACUCUGUCAGCGCUGAAGAGAUUUGUUGUAGAUACCUUGUACAAGGACAGUAAACUUUCUAUUCCAGUCUAUCCUAUUUUUUUAUCCUUUUCCAUUCUAUCCUAUUCUUUUUUAUUCUAUUCUAUUGUAUUCUAUUCCAUCAUAGGCAUAAAUUGUAGUUAUUUGUUACCUCAGAGGUUUUUGCUUUAAUUCCCACGUGACCCGUACUGAAUAAGUAGUGAGCUUUCUUUUUCCUAAAAAAGCAAAAGGCUUACUUGUUAAUCCUCCUAUUUUUUUACUGCCACCAGUUUGAGGAACUUUAAGCUUAAAUUGGCUCGUGUGGGGAGUUUGUCAAAAUCUUUAAUCAUUUGUUUGUUAUUUCCUAACAGCUACAGUACAGUCAAAGCAGUAUAGAGCAGUAUAUAGUAUAGCAGUAUAGCAGUUUUGUUAGUGCCGAUGUUGGAGUUCCUGUAAUUCUCCAACCCCUAAACUCAGGACCCUCGCUCAUUGUUUACUAAUGAGUCAUAAACAUGGCAGGAUAGGACAUAAAUCAGUCCAGGGUCAAAGUUUAUCAAGCAGUACGAUGGGUUAACAAUGAAUUAACUGUAUGAUUUUUGUGUCCCCAGUUGCACAAAGACGCUUCCUUUAUUAACACGAGAGGAGAAACCUUGCUGGCACUUCAUCAUCAUUAAACAUGAUGUUGUAAAAGUGUCGAUGAAAGAUCACGCGUGAAAUAUUACACACUUAGCUGUAACUGAACGAAAAUUAACUUAAAUAAAAUCUGCCCUGAUACAGUGUUGUAACUUGUACUUAUAAGAUAAAAGGAACAACUGGCUGAGGAUGAUUUUAACAUAAUUCAUACUCUACACAUUUUAGUGGAAUUUAAAUAUCUACAACUCUUAAUCUCUCCUUUCUUUUCUGUGUUAUCAGUUAUAUGGUCACAGUACAAACUAUGAUCUUAAAACAGAUUUUCAGAUUCAUAAAGACACUUCACAGGAGCACAGUGUUUUAGUUGUGAAUAUGUUGUUGUGUCCCUGAGACAGCAAAAUCUGACUGGGUUUGUUAGUCCAUAAUUCCCCUAAAUGAAUAACACUUGUUCUUGGAAAAGCCGCUGUUGUUUUUUCUGCCAAUAGACCUGAUGAUUUUGAAGGAUUGCUGGCACGUGUUUAUGCCAACUCACGCUGAGGCACACACACACACACACACACACACACACACACACACACACACACACACACACACUAAAGGAAAUUUUUAAAACGUGGCCACACACUAUAUCAAUAAAAGCUGUAAAUUCACUGAGUAUUAUAACUUCUAUAAGGAUUUCUCUGUUUUUGACCUCUAAAUCAAAGUUAUUCAAAACGUCUCGGGAUAACACGAUUUCACUCAACAGCACCUUAAAGAAGAAUACAAACACCAAUCUAAUCCAGUCUUAAGAAAGCCCACAUUAAAUAAACUCUGUUGUUGUAUUUGAUGAACCUCACUGUAGCUAACACAACACAAUGAAUAGACUGUAUUGAUUUUGUUAAUUCCUUCAGCAGAACAACACUGUUGUUGUUGUUGUUGUUAUUGUUAGCAGCUGUUUUUCUGCCAGUGCACCUGCUGAUUUAAGGAUGGCUGGUAUGUGUUUGUCUCUCUUGUGCCAACACACAGCAGCACAUGGACACGUACACAGUUUGACAAUGCACCUUUAUAAUACACUUACACAUGCUUAUACACUCAUGCAAGACUUAAAGGUGGGGUAGGCAGGAUUCUGUUAAGAAAAAAGCAUCUUUAAUAUCAGUUAAUAGCUAUUAGUUAUUGAUGACAUUUGGGAAUAUCACCGUAUGGCUUUGUUCUGUUAUGUCUGUGUAGUCAGUCCGCUCUUUCUGACUGUAAACAAAGCUGUUCUCCACCUCCCCCAACCUGAUUGGUUGUGAGGCACGCUCCACAUCCUUGAAUAACGUAUCUCGAACUGUAGAAACUAACCAGAAAGUACGGAAAAUUGUCUGAACCCUCCUUUCGCCACAACUGCCAAAACAAGCAAGAAAACGAAGUAAAUACUGGAGACUCUGGCGGAAUAACGUCACUUUAUCCUAGUUGUAGAAGUCCUGCAAACAUUGUGUUUGUUGGUAGUCUGUUGGCAUCUACAGUAGCACCAAUGCUUUUUACUUUCACAUUGACUGGGUCUCAUUUAUAAUUAUCUGAAGUAUUUAUCUGCAUUAUAUCUGAAUUUAAUUGAAACGAUACAAGCGAGCAGGAGCGCCUGUUUGUGGGGGAGGAGCUGAGGGGUAAACUGGUUGGGAGGGGUCGUGUUUACAUUCAAGAUUUCUCCCAAAAACUGGCACUUCCUCAGAUCCUGCCUACCCCACCUUUAAGUGCAGGUGUAGCUCAUGGUGGAUCGCCUCUGCACACACCUUUCCUCCAAAAUAUGUCACCUGCACAACUUGUUCGCACUAGAAGAGAUGAUAUUUUGGCUUAAUUUGACCAAAACAGAGGGACCUUUUUAUAGUUAUAGCUUUAACCACAGCGCAAUCAGGGAACUCCUGCUAAACCCAAGCUUUAUUUUUCUUUAAAGCUGGACGUAAUGUGAAUUUAUAGCUUAACAUUAGUGCCCUGUCUAAUAGCUGGGUCAUUGCACUCCAGGAAAUGCACAGCAGACUUUUGCGAAUUUCUUUUCUUUCUACUUGAGCAGUAAACAUUCCUUCAAUGGUAACAUUAUUUUUAAUAUUUUCAAAUGAGAAUAAAAAUGUUUUCCUAAAAUUAUAUCGAAUAUAAAUCCACGCAGAUGAAGACACAGAUCAGCAGACGCCACAUAAGCUUAUAUCAGAGAAAAAGACUGUUUCUGAGGAUCAUUGCAGCUGACACCGCAGCUUCAGCUCCUUCUUGUUUGUUCUGUUUUUGUGUGUGUGUGCUGCAGGCUACAGAGCUCCGUCAGACGAGGGUGUUUAGGGACAGAGCUGCUGAUACCGUAGAGUGAACUGCUGAACAUACAUGUUUUAUGUUUGCUAACAUGACGUAAAGAGACGGCUGUUUUACUUCAGACUCUCUAGCUGCUGCUUCAUCCUGCUGAGUCUGAGGAGUGUUUUUCCCGAGAUGCUGCUGUGUUUGUGUUUGUGUAUACAGUAUGUUCUGCAUGUUAUUCUCCGUCCGAGCACCAUUUGGUGAAAAUCCUCACUGUGACAGUGUGUGUUUGGUCGUGCACAGGUUUGUGGCGCCUGCUGCAGAGUUAUUUAUAACUUUUGUGAUGGAGUGUGCGGCUGUAGUAAGAGGGCAUCAGUCUUGUGAGAAGUACAGUUAAAUUUUAAUAGUUCUGGAGUAGCCGUGGAUGUUGCCUGAAGGUUAGAGCCGUCAGAACAGAUGAGAUAGAUCGCUUUUGAAAAGGCAAUGAGGUCGGCUGUAAAUCAUGUGGAGCUGAAAAAAAAAAAGUAUGAAUUAAUCAUGAAGAAAUCUUUUUUAAUAAGGCACUCUAAGACGCCAACUUGGGAUUUAGGAAAUACUUUUUAAUACAGUGGGUUAUUUGGGGAUUCACAGAGGAAAAGUUUGUGUUUUUAGGUCAUUUUCCCUUUAAUAAAGGUGUGUACCAUGACAAAUGAGGUCUUUUAUUAGCGACAUGUUCCCUACCCUAGAUUAUUUCCCUGAAGUGACUACUGUCUGUGCAAAAGCUCGGUAUAAGAAACGAGGAAUUUCAUUCUUAUGUAACAUUUUGAAUUUUAUUUUAUUGAAAUUAAAUCAGUUUUGAAGCCAAGAGAGAUUUUUUUCCGCUGCCUUUGCCUUCACACUGUCAGACUCCAUCACAAUCAGCAGUUAUCGCUGUCACACGGUUCACUCUUGAUGUGACAAUAUUGGAUUUUUUUUGGACACUUACCUUCAGGCAUUUUUCCAUUUGUCCCUCCUCUGCCACCAUCUCUGUCUGUGUUUGAUAUUUGGCCAGUUUGAUUAUCACUUUUAUGUUUUUGCGGAUGCUUCUGUGCUCUGUCGUUUUGUUGUAGAGGAACAAUAAUGAAGAAUAAAUGUGAGACUUUUUAUACGUGGAAGAAUUGAAGUAAACUGGUUCCUUUGUGUUUGGCAAAAACAACUGCAUGUGAAAAAAAUACUCUUUUUAUAUUGAAUUUGUUCUUUGUGGGAUUUUAUUUCUGUUUUUAUACUUUCCCCAGUCCAUAAAAAUAACCUUUAAAAGCUGUUUUUUGAGGAGCACUGGGACCCUGAUUUCAUUUUUGACAAACUUUUUUCUCUGUUUUAUAAAAAAGUUGUAGACUUCCUGUCUUUCACCAGAAUAUUACAGUCUGCAGGGGAAUAAAAAGUGUCAUUUUAGAAUCAGCAAACAUCUCAGUAUCAAGAAAAUUCAGGUCUGAUGUAACCCUGUAUAACUCAAAGGGUUUAUCAGUGAGGUGUAAGAAGUUCUCUGAGGCCUGGAGUCUGGAGUGUAAAUUAGCGAUUAGCAUUUUGUGAUUCAAUGUGAGUAAAAAUGAUGGACAUGAAAUUGUACGAUUCCAUAAAUCUACUCUGAAGUUGUUUGGUGUUGAUGGAGUAGCUGUUCAAGGAAACACAUCCAUGUAUUAUUCAGCCUCCUUCUGUAACCUUUCCACGAGCGCAGCAGGCAGCGUUAACAUGAAUAUGGGAUGACAAAUCCUCAGCUUAAAAUAUACUCGUAAAUGAGUAUUUCAGCUUUUUCAAUCAUCAUUUACCUUUAAAUGGUAUUUAGGAAAUAGUGGAUUGACCUACUUUGUAAAACCACUUUAAUUUCCAAUCCAUUUUCAUUAACAGGCAGCCGAGGAUCAGCAUGACAUACUUUGUGUUCAUGUGCAUUUGAUUUCUUUAUCUUCAUAUUCCUGCUAUUUUUAGAAAACCCUUCACCGUUUUAUCCCCGUGUCCAUCUCAAUUAAAUGCAUAAAGCCAGAGUAAGAUGUGCUUUUAUUUGUUAUUUUGUGUGUGUGUCUCUCUCUCUCUCUCACACACACACACACACUCACGGUUUCACUAUCUGUCUCUCUCUGAUCAUCUCCCCUCCUCCUCCUCCUCCUCUUCCUCUUCCUCCUCCUCCUCCUCGCAGUGAACUGAAGCAGGAGCUGGACGAGGAGGGCAGUCGCUGCCUCCUGCUGUCACGACAGGGUUUCUUCAACCAGCGCUGCUGCAUCCGCUGCUGCGCGCCCUUCACCUUCCUGCUCAACCCCAAGCGCAAGUGCCGUGACUGCAGGUACAACGUGUGCAAGGCCUGCCGGGUCUACUCCAAGCGGGAGAAAUCCUGGCUGUGCUCCGCCUGCGAGAAGGGCAGGUAGGUGAUGGUAGAAGCUCUGUUAGAGCGGCUGCUGUGCAUGUUCACUGUGCUGUGUGUGUGUGUGUGUGUGUUUAUGAGGCUAAGUUUAGGAUGAGAGGAUGCACUGACGUAAAGGUCAUUAAAGUCUUAGUCUGCGUCCGUAGAGAUGGAUUUAGCACUUAUAACAAAAAGGCACUAAGAGACGGUGCAGGAUAAAGUCUGCAACUGUGGAGCGUAAACUGUUUGGACCAGGGAUUAUUUUUCCAUUCAUUAAGAUGGGAAACACACACAUCAGAACCAAAAAGGGUGAGUUGAGUAAAUUUUAAGUCCUGAAAACAAAGUGUACUCCAGUAUUAUUGACCAUUUAAUUCAUCUGGGUUUAUAAUGAUGUUUUGAGUAGUCUGCCGAAGACGACACCACCCUGAUGACUUGAAUCGUCUGGACAGUGUCGACAUUUCUAUGGAGGCAUAAGACUGAAGUACUUGAUUGAAGCUUUUUCCUACAAUUGAACUAAAGCGGUAUGAUUUAAAGAUUGCCAUUGCAGGAGAAGAUGGAUUAUCACUAUUUUGUGAACCAUAAAUAGUUAGUAUAGUGUUACAGUAUUCACUUUGCUACUCAACCAUUACACUGGAUCUGUGACGGGAGUAUACGAACAGUUUUACGUGAAAACCAAUCUUAUAAAACGACCGACGAAUCAGUCCCAGAAUCAGACAUUUUGAAGAGCAUCUCACAAAAACAGAUCAAAUUAUUUCUGUUCCCUCUUUAUACACACCUGCUGCUUUAGUAGUUUGUGUUUAUAGUAGCAGCAGUAUAGAGUAUGCAGGAACCAGCUCAAAAUAAAAAGACGUAAAGAGACCCAAGAGACCUAAUGCAACAGCAGACAUUCAUGCAUUCAUAGCAGCUCUGUAUGCGAGUAUUAAUAACUUGCUGUUUACUCCAACUCUUCAGAGUAUUUUGAGGAAUGAUUUUUGGAUUUUAAGUAAAUCGUCUGAUUUGUUGAAAGUAAGAAAAACACACUUUUUUUUUAAAUAAAAUACCAAAAAUAUUUUUUAUUUAUCCAUCACCUUUCAAAACAUGGGUUCACUAGGCGCUUUGAAGCAAAAAUAUACGUAAAAAAAGCAAGAGCCCAGAACAAAUAUACCACAUUUGACAUUUACCUCCUCCAGGCUGUUUGACUCAUAUCAGGGUUGGUGCAGAUUUCCCAGAAGGCAUUGGGUAAGAAGGCAGAAAGGGAUCAUUGUAUUAUAAGUAAAAUAUGAGUCAUAAACUUCAGUCUUUUAAACGAACUCACCCUUAGAGUUGGCAUUAAAUUCUAAACUUUGUCAACAUUUGUGAUCUUAUCUUGUGCACAUGUAAGAAAUUGUAUGACGUGGACAUCACUGUCUGACAACUUCAUCUGUGUUAUUAUAGGAGGAUUAAGAUGCUAGUUUGUCAAUCUGUGCACGUUUUCAUGAUCUCGCCGUUAAACAUCAUGACGGUGAGGUUUAAUGUUCAGUCUGUACGAGGUAAGACACCGCAGAUAUCAGGAGUGAUUCAAAGAUAAGUCACACUUGGAGACUGUUGUGUGUGACCUCCUCGCUCAGCUCCCUUCACACUGUAAAUCAACCUCACAGUGAAAAGAUGGUAACUCAUCAAACACGCCAACGUGACUCUCUCUACUAUAUCCUACAGCUGUCGUCCCUAAACAUUCAAUUAAAUCACGGUCCAGUCUUAUUUGAAAAUGGGACAUAAUUCGGACAUAUUAGAUCUUUGUCGGUACAAUGAUUUCACAUGAAGUCUGUGAUGAAUAAAAGGCUCCGAAACAUGCAAUAACGCCACCGUUUGAAGUUGCAUUCAACAUGACUUAGCUCGUCAAUCAGCUGACAUUACUAAAAGAAAUUUGAAUGAAAUGAACCAAACAAAAAUUAAGAGCAGAGGACGGGAGGCUCCUGCAUUCACAUGUCCACACCUUGACUCUUUGAUGACUCUUAACACGAGGGCAAAAAGUGUGACGUUUUCAGAAGUAAAGUGUCCGUGUGAAAGGCUUCAGACCUUUUCAAAGGAUUUUAACGUGAAGCCUUUCUUCUCAGAGUCAGAACAAUCUCUCCCUGACGUCGCUGAACUUCUGUUGACAAUAAAAGCUAUAAUUAUGUUGGGCUCUAUGAUUGUGGUGAAAAAGUCAUCACUGAUGUUUGUUUCAGAGUCUUUUGAGACUGCUAGAUUUCUUGUUCGUUCCACGGUUGAGUAAUGUUUCUUUGUACCAGGACUUCAUAGAGAUUUGUGUUUUCUUGGCAUGCUUAUUGUCUGAGUAGCUUUCACCCGCUCUAACCUUCAGGAGGGGUGUCACGAGACGACAAUAGACUGUGACAGCGACAGAAAGACCGUGUUUGUUAUCGCUGUGUAGCUUUGUCGUUUUAGAGCGGAAUAACGUGAACGUAACCGUGAGGCAGUCUGAGGUCUGUAUUUGACAAACUCAGAGUAGAUUAUGAUCUCAGGAAAAUAAAAUGCAGUUCUUUGGAUAAACUAGACUAGAAUCAACGCAGCUGAGAAAAUCCAGAGUGUUAAUCUGCAAAUUAAGGCUCGUAGUAUCACUUUCCUGCGAUUAGAGCAUGAGCAUGACACUAAUAACACAAACUGUGACGAAAAUAGAUUUUAUUUUUUUGACAAGAUGAUGACGAGACAAUUUCUUUUUUGUCAGACAUCUAAAAGCUGAGUUAGGUUAAGGUUUCGUCACUUUAUUAAUCCUCGAAGGGAAGUUCACACUUUACACUCUCACGUGUUAUAGUUGCUGAAUUACAUGCAAAUACACUUUUACAAACAGGAUCCUCAUGGAUAUGUGCUAACGGAGAGAGAGAUGUCAGAGUGAUGACCUUGCUGCCCUCGUUGUAGUGCUGCCAUGAGCUACUGGGGGGUUCAGCGCUUUGCUGAAGGGAACUUUGACCGUCCUCAGGAAAUGACCUUGCGCCAGGCCACAGUCCAGAUAUGGUCUGACCAGGACUUGAACCACCGACCCUCCAGUUGAGGGAUGCAGUGUUUUCAUUCAGUCUCUCUGUCUCUAUGUUUCUGAAUCACUUCUACAAACAUUUCCAGCUUGAUGAAGAAAUUAUGUCGGUCUGAUAUUUUCCACUCUUGCUGUUAUCAGCUCCGUGUCUUAACCUCGUCUUAGUCUAGUUUGGAGACACGUUUUAGAGUGAAUUUAACAUGAUGUUUUGUCAGUGUAAUAAACUAUAAAUCAUUAAAGAUGAAGAUGCAGCUGAGAGAGCAGUGAAGUGACCGUCCAGCAUGUCCAUCUAGUGGCAUUUCUUGGACUUGAAGAUGCAGAGGCUAAACUCAGACUCCCCAUCCCUGCCCCACCAAAAGACAAUUGACUUAACUGUUUUGACCUUUUGUUCACUCAAACUACACUAAAAAUGAUUAAAAUGUGACCCAAACUUAAAGACUAAGACCAAAUCUGAAAUAGCUGCUAAAAUUAGCCCCGCCCUGAAGUAACCCCAACAUCCACGGGCCUCCGGUGGUGGUCUAAAUCUGUCUAAAUUUUUUCUCUCUUGAUGGUCAAAGAAGGUCACACUGUUUGCUGGUUCAAUUUGCACAUCCAUGGUGAUGCGUGAGUCAGGAGUACACACAGGCUCACAUUUUUACAACUAUCUCCUCCGGCCUUCUGAGGCUCCUGUCAACAUGCUUUACAGAGCGGCUCCUACCACUGUUUGGCUUACACUUGGUUUUUUCUGCAGAGCAGAGGUGAACCUGCACCGCGGCUCGCAGCUGUAUUUGUUCCCUUUGUGAGUCAAACUGCUCAGAACAUUUCAGCAGAGUUUCAGUCCAUUAAACACGCCGUCAUGAAUAACAUUCAAACCAGGAGUCAGUCCGUUUUGUUUAUACAGUAAACACCUGUCAGCAUUACGCUUCAUCCCUGAACUAUUUUAAUUUAAAUCUUAUUUGUUGUAGCACAUGAUGGUAAUAUCAUUAUGGUAAAAGUAGUCAUGGUAUCUGCAGGGUGAUAUUGUUGAUAUUGUUAGACUUUGUGUUACAUUACUUCAGUUUGAAUACCUAUCAUGUAUUUGCACUUACUAAUGUCGUUAAACUGCAGCUCUGUUUGUCUCUCUCAGGCUGCUGAAGACUCAGAACCUGGAGUGGUUUUACACGAAUGUGAAGACGCGCUUCAAGAGGUUCGGCAGCGCCAAAGUUCUGAAGACUCUUUACAGGAAACACCUGGUGGAGCACCGUUCACUUUCAGAGCUUUCCGGUAACACCUGUCUGUUUUAUUAUGAGUGCUGAAGCAUCGAUGAUUUGGUCAGAAAGUCAAUCUAAUGAGUUUUAAUGAGACGUGUUUGGAAAAAAUGUCGUCAAAGUUCAGUCUUUAGAGGUGCAAACAGAUUCAGACAAAGCAAGACCAACUAACAUAAAAAGACGCAUCUGAACCAGGGCUGGGUGAUAUGGGAAAAAGUUUAUCACUGUAUAGUUUUUGGAUAUCAGAUAUCACGAUAUAAAAAAAUCACUUGUCAAUCUUAAAGUGCUAUGGUUGCGUGUGUCUACAGUCUACCACUACGCAGUUGUUUGCUACUUGGUUCUAAUUCAGCACAUGAUUGGUUCAGCGCGAAGUCGACCCGGAGUGACUCCCCUUUUCAUUGGCUAUUCAUAUAGUGUACCAAAACAUGGAAGAAUUCCAACUAUCGAAAAACAUAUUGACCAUGUUUUAUAUCGAUAUCGAGGGAAAUACAUUUUUAAUAUAUAUCAUCAUCGAUUUAUCGCCCAGCCCUAACCCGAGCAGUCGUUUUCAUGAUGUGCAUCUGUGAGUGCUGCUCUGUGUUUUUUUGCCGUUUUAUGCCUCAGAGCGGCGCUGAACAGAAAUUUAGGAGGAGAGUGAAACUCCUGCUUGGUUUUCAUGUCCUGUAACUUGAGCAGAUUAUUCCUCCUGAUGCUAGUUUCCAAUUUUUAUUUUCAUGCUUGUUUGCUUCCUCAAUUUCAAUUUCCAUCAGAGAUCCUUGGACCGUGCAGUUUUAUCAAACUUAAGUUGUUAGAUAAGAUAGAGUUCACUUAGAAGUUAAUGUAGCUUUUAGUAUAUUAACUUCUGAAUAUGCACCUUUUGACCUUAUAAAUAUCCUGUGCCAAACAUUUAAAGCCGCACCUAUCAUGGUUAAUACACUAAAACUGGAUUAAAUGGCAGUCUUAAUAUUCAAGACUGUCAUACUGAGUGAAAUCACACACUGGCCACGCCACGGUAUGCGUGUGUGUUGUUUUUGUUCUGAGUAAAGAACAAAAGUGGUGCAACAGUAGGUCUUUGAUUCAGCCUUACUUAAGAAUCUCUUCAUGAAAAAGCUUAUUGUUUUAGUUUUUGGCAUCUACUGUAAAAAUCUCUUGGAACCCCUCUGCGAUCGAGCUUAUCAGCAGCAAACAGUCGAUGAUCAGUGAGCAGCUAGCUAACUAACCCUCACAUCAAAGAGCGUCUGGAGCUUUGGUCUUAGAUAUAAACAUUUAUUUAUUUAAUUUAAAGGAUUCCUUUUUAGUCUGGGUAUUCGCACUAAUACUUGAGCGUGUAGACAGAGAGAAGCUUUUUCAGUCCUGUCUUUAAAUCUUCUCAGAAGUCCAGUGUCGAUUUAAACAAUCCUCCACAGCUUAUCCACAAGUACAGUCGGGGUUAGGAGCUUUUCUGGAGCCGUCCAUGCUGAAAAUGAAGCCACAGUACAUUACAGCGCCUGAAUAACAUUGUUCACCCAGCAGCAUAUGCUCCAGCCUGCUUGUCUUGUCAGGGACAGAUCGGCGGAGGCAAAGGAGAGCAACCUCGAGGCCAUUAGUUCAGUCCCUGCGAUCUGAUUGGAGGACGGGGGAUUUCAGAGUAUUACCAGUGAUUUUGUGCGGUGGGGGUCGCCGGCUGCUGAUGAUGCAGCACUGUGACCCCUGUGGGAGGAUGACUGAUGCGAGAUGACCACCAUCAGGCCACUGCUCAGCGUCUCAUUCAGCUCUAUUUUCAUUUUCAGCUCACAUGGUCUCCCUUAGCGAGCGCAGUAUCACACAUUUUAAUUUGUUUUCCACCAAGCCGUGUUUAUUCAGCUGCCAAAUCCGAUCUGCACAGUCUGAAAAGACCUGCUAAUGUUGCCUUGUGCAAGAACAACGUGAGCCGAAUGAAUAGCAUUAGAUUUUGGAAAAUAAGACUGCGGGUAAAAGCGUUGUCUUACGAGAGAUUACUGUAGCGGGGGAUCAUUUAGCCUUAAGAAGCUACCACAGCCUAACAGCGGUGCAGCACAGAGACGUCUUCCUCUAAAGACUAAAACACAAUGACAAAGUCGACCCGAGGAGGAGGACACACAUACAGCCCCUGAGAGCGGAGAGCAUUCAAUUCAUUCUGAGAACAAAACCAUGAAUGCAGUUUGGGUUUAAAUUGAUCUCUCUUCUGUUUGCACUGAAAAAAAAGAACAUUAAAAAACAGAGAGAGACACAAACAUGAGACUCUUGUAUCACAUCAUCUGAAAUACUCAUCAUAACACAAAUAUAAUUCUGAUUUUUAGCUGAUAUACUUAACAGUUUUAGGAUAGUGGUAGGUGUACCAAUAUGCGCAAAUGACCUCUAUAGAAGCUGUUUUUUAGUUUAUGUCAAAAUCUUAUUUUUAAGCAAACAAAUAAAAGUCUCAGUUCAUAUUAUUAGUUGUAAAGACCAAAAAUAUAUGAUGUAAAAGGAAUUAAAUGGGUUGUUUGCGUUCAUUAGUAGAUUUAGAACCAAAAAACGACAGACCUGUGAGUAUGAAUGAAGGUGGACACACGUCAGUGCAUCUGUGGGGCUCGUCUCAUCCAAGUGGUUUUUAAAGACUUUUUUUUAGAGAGGAAUCUGCCACGACAACCUCUGAGCGCAAAGUAAAGCUGUGGCUAUUGGAGUAAAAAAACAAAGACAAAUGAAAACAUUCAGUUUAUAAUGGUGUUUAUAAACGCAAAUGUGAACCCCAUGGUGGCGCUCUUGUUUUAAUAAAAAUGAUUCAUACAUUAUCAAACUAGUUUAAAAGUUUUAAAAAGUGUUGUACUUUGGCACAUGGUGUGUUUCAUAGAUUUACAGUUAAUAGUUACAGUGGACUGUAAGGUGGACAAUAACGCUCUAGUGAGGAACUUUCUUUCUGUGUUGAUUCUGGCGCCCCCUGUGGGCAUGAUGGUUUUACUGCUUUUGUCCCAUACAGGUGUAACUUGUGUUUUUUUACUCAAAACGUAUAACCUGUUUCAUUUUUUUCACUCUCUAAAACACUCUAAAGGAAGAUUCUGCUUCCAGCUCGAUUUUUUCUUUUCUGUCUAUUUUUCAAUGAACUUUGAAAAUGGACGAUAUUAUAAUGUCUUGAGGCUUUUGUAGAACAAACUUGACAGCUCAACUCCAUUUAGGUCCUCCUGUUUUCACUGUGCCGCCACCAAUGACUUAAUGUGUCCUGUGACAUUUGGGUGAAAGUAAGAAAAUCAGAUCGUCUUCAUUAUCCUGUUUGGUGAGCAUUAAAACGUCAAGACCUAGAAUACAGGUGUAUUUCAAAGAAAAAAUAGAUUUUAAGUAUAAAUCAAUAUGGUUUUUAUUUAUUGGACAUAUCGGUUGAUUAAAUCUUUAUCCGACAAACUUCUGCCCAUGAAACCAACCAAUGUUUUCAGGUUCAGGUUUCGUUUGGCUGUGCCGCAAUCGCUCUGAUUUCAGAGAAAGUGAACUGAAUAUUGUUCUAAUAUAGUAUAAAAUCAUCCAUCUCCAUCUUGCUAAUUCAUCUGGAUCAAGUCACUCAUAAAUGCCACAGUCAGAUCACCUUUGUUCAUGAGGCUGGAGCUGCCUGUGGGGUUAGGGUGACCUUCAGCUGCUGUGGAGCACAGAGCUCUGUAUGUCACGGGUCUUUUUAAUGUUCCUGUUUUGGGCAAAUGUGUCCACGCUCAUUAGAUGUUACAACAGAAAUGUCAGUCCAUCCUCCGUCCCCUAAAGGACAAAACACAUCUUUGAGCGAGCUCCUGCUUACCUUUAGGCUUUCAGAAAUGAGAUUUGUGUUCAGUUUCAAAAUAAGUACAGUUAAUAUCACUCGGCUUAAGUCUUGUCCUUCCUCCUUAAAAUGAUUAGAGUGACCCUGUGGACUCCACUGUACCUCUACAGCUCACAGAUGAGGUCCCCCCGGUAAUGCCGCACACGAGGUCGCUCUAAUGCACUUAUAUAACCACAAACGGCCGCAUUGUUGCAUGAAUAUUUACAUGACGGGGAAAGAGCUCAGGGCUCGGGGUUGGAAGGGAGCAACCCGACUGAGUGAGUGAGUGAGCUCUCUGCUGCUCUGUCACAAACUCCUAUAAGAUCAAAUGUUUCAUUUUAAAAUUUUCAUUUUAUUGAUAUUAUGUAGUUUGGAUUGAAUAUCUGGACUAUUUAUGUUGACUUUAACGUGACAGGAGGAUUAAUUGUAUCUAUGUGUAUGUAUGUGCCUGUAUGUUACAUUAUCUCUAUGUAUGUGUGCAUUCAGACGGCAGCACCUUCGAGGACAGUAUCUGCAAUGAGGGCAGCAUCUGUGGGAGCGACUCAGCCUUCUACAGACAAAGUGAAGGUGCCGACAUGUUUAAGGAUUAUCACACCAACCCUCUGUUUUCACUGUAAACCCAUUUUUGUGUCACACCCUCUGGUAAAACAGACAAAACCAACAGAAAAUAAUCAAGUCUGACACGACACAGAUUCAGUUAGCAGAAAAAAAAUGAAAUACCAAGGAAACUACAAGCCGAAGUUUAUCCUGAUUAAAAGGUUUUUCCUCAAUCUCUCUGGAUUAAAAUGUCUAAAAGGCUCAAUCCUGUGCAUUAUGCUCUAUGUCUAUACAUCUAUAUAUUGGUUUUACAUUAGAUUAUGGAUGUGGCUUUACAUUAUAACAAUGUCAUUUUAUCUAUUAAGGAUAAUAAUGCAGGAGUCUGAUAGAAAGAGAGGCAUUGUGGUAAUAUUGUAGCACUAAUCGAGUCAUUGGUAUCAGGACUUGUAAUGAGGGGAGGAGACAGCUCCUCCAGAAUAUAAUCAAAUUUUACAGAAUGAGCUUUAAUGGACCACCUUAGAGGAUUAAAUGAGAUUAGUGAGUGUGUGAACGGGCUUUAGAGGAGCUGGUAGGUGGAUUUUGUCACCUUUGGACACAGCUAGACUAGUUUCUACCUUCUUAUGGGUCUUUAUGCUAAAAUAAGCUGAGCUAGGGUGAGAUUCAUGUUUACUCUACGCACAUGGAAAAAAAAAGCUCAUUCCCCAAAAUGUGAUACUGGCAUUUCAAAAUAUUGCCUUGACACAGGCAGGGCUUAGAAAUAAGGUAACAAAGGCUUUUAAAAAUAAAACCAUUUUGAUCUGAAUUCUUGGAAGGAUCACGAGAAAACAAAUUUAUUGUGGUGAGAAAAUGCAAAAAGAUGGAGACAGCUGGCUCUAACCAGAAAGUUUUCCACACUGAACAGUUUCAUAACAACAUUUUUUGUUACUUUACACAUGACACUGAACCAACCAAUCAGAAGCAAGCUCAAGGUGCGUGCUGAGAGAUAGAUUAUGCAUGUAUGUGCCACAGUUAAAAAGCUGCAGGAAAUAUUUUCACACCUCAAUGUACAAAAAACGGGACUUCAAUUUCAUUUUUUCAUUUAUGUCUAAAACUCCCUAUAGUAGCUUUAAAGUAUCACUAUUAAGAGUGAAAACAGCCCUGAAGAUUAUUCUUUCCCUAUCAACCAGACUGGUUAUAGAACAUUUGCAACUUUAAAUCUAUUAAAAUACGAACCUUGAGGGAGACAUUAUCCUCUUCAAGGUUAUUUAGAGGCUGUUAUACAGUCAUGAAACCAUACUCAUUUAUGUCCCCAGCUGUUAUUAACCUUAUACUCACAGUAGGUAAAACAAAGAAGGGGAAACAUCAACAUUUAAAGUCUGUCUGCUCCCUUUUUUUCCCUGCCCAAAUAUGGAAACAUGAAUCAAAAUCUGUAGUGACCCGGUGGUUAUUUUAUUUAAGGUGAUGACUGUAUGUCUUUGUCUUCAGAGCACAGCAUGGAAGAGACGCUCACUGUGGCCCUGCGAGUGGCAGAGGAGGCCAUAGACGAGGCCAUCACCAAGGCCGAGUUUGACACCAAUCAGGUAUUCAAUCUGCGCACACUGUCCUUCACUUCGAGUGCUCAAACAGCUGGUACAAUCUGUCAUCAUUAUUGUUUCCCUAAUGGUAAAUUUUUAGAAACGUCUCUAUUAUAGAAGCUGCAGAUUUAUUGGUCUGUGAUGUACUUUCAUAGUUUCCUCUGCUGCCCUUUCAUUUAGUUCCUCUUUAAUCUGGCCCCUGUGCUUCUUCUUUUUAAGUCAGAUUAUGGAAAAUAGAAAAGCUUAUAUCGCUAAGAUCAUUACAGAGAUCAAAAAUAACCUGAGAAUACAGUUUUCCACUAUUGACUGCUACUAUUUAAUCCUGGCCCCACGCUGACCCCCCUAAGCUGAGCUUCUGCCCCCGUAAUGUGAAGAAUUAGCAUCUUUUUUUUAAAGGUGAAAUCAAAAAUAUCAGUCUGCUGCUUUUUUUUUUUUUUAACUGUAUCUCAGACUCAACUCUGAAAAUGAUUAAUAUUCCCUCAAAGCUGGAGUUUGCCCCAUGAACUUUCAGAAUAAAAGCCAUCAAACCUCCACUUAAGGAGCUUUGUCUAAAUCGCAGAACUGGAAAUCAUAAAUUGGGCGCAUAUCAAUAGACGUUUUUUUAAAAAAGUGUGUACGGCUUUAUUCUGAAAACUAAUGCUUUUGCUCAAAUGCUACAAAAAUACCAUUAAGAGAUGCAAAACCACAUAAAAAAAAAGACAACAAAUUUGUGCUACUUGUUCCUGUGGGGUUCUCUGCUUAUGUAAAGAAGAUAGAAGAUUAUAAACACUGAUAGAUACCUGGCUAUUCUGAUGACUCAUUAAGUUUUAAACAUGUGCUGUAUCUUGUGGAAAAAACUGGAUAAAACUGGAUUUAAUUUUCCAAACUAGCUGUUUUUCUGUUAAAGGGAUAUUCCGGCGUAAAAUAAAUUUAGGGUCAAACACACCGUAACACCGAGUUAGACACCCCCUUGAGAGAUGAAUGUUGCCGACCGCUUGCUUCUCUAGUUAAACCAACUUUAGUAACAGCUGCAGGAUAGCAAUACAGAGCGGUCUGAGGAACCAUAAACAAAUCUCAACCAAAACGCCACUCUAUAGCCACAAAUAAUGCUCAGAACAGCACCUAACUUCAUCAACAGUACAUGGUCCUUAUUAGCCACAUUAGCAUUAGCCACCAAACAUCUUUUUAGCUUUGCCUGAUUUCUUGAUAGAGAAAUGAUCAUAAAUGUUCUUCCUUGAGCUGCGUCACCCCACAACAGUCCAUAAUGGACUGGCCUGAGGUCUCGCUACAAAUCAGCAGCUGCUGGAAGAGAGUAGGUGAGUUGUGUUUAGUCUCUUUGCUACAGAAAUUAGGCAAAGCUUAAAAGAUGUUUGGUGGCUAGUACUAUGGCUGGGACCCUAUAUGUACUGUUGAUGAAGUUAGGUGCUGUUCUGAGCAUUAUUUGUGGCUAUAGAGUGGCGUUUUGGUUGAGGUUUGUUUAUGGCUCCUCAGACCGCUGUGUAUUGCUAUCCUGCUGUCAUUACUAAAGUUGGUAUAACUAGGGAAGCAAGCGGUCGACAACAUUCACCUCUCGAGUGGGUGUCUAACUCGGUGUUACAGUGUGUUUGACCCUAAAUUUAUUUUACGCCGAAAUAUCUUUUUAAUCAAAUCGAGACAAAAAAAAACAAUGAGGAAAUUGAAAACAACAAAUACCUGUUAUAUAACCUCGAUAGUAGCAAAGAGACUGCAAAUGACUGAGAAAUAAUCACAAAGAGACGAGAAUUGACAACAAAGAGCUGCUGACUUCAAAUGACAACUUUUUAAGAAGACAAAAACAACCAUGAAUUGAAACUAAUAAGCAAUAAAGCAACAACAAAGGACUAUGAAAAUGCACAAAAUCAAAAUUAAACACUACUAAGGGACGCUAUCCUGCCAGCACUUGGUGUCAAACAACUUCAAAUGACCUUCACGCAUUGGUUUUGUAAUACUUUACAGCUACUACAUUACGUCAAGAACCUUUCACCUUUCACUAAUCUGUGCAAGUUUCUCAAAGCUUUUAAACUUACUACAGCAAAUAAGUGUAUUAAAGGCAUAUCUGUUGAGAGUAAUCAGCUUACAGUGUGUACUGGUGUGUGCGUGGUGCUGAACAGCGUUCUUAGCCGUGUGUUUGUUGUUCACUAGGAGAAGCAGAAUGAGGCACACUAUCUGCGAGAGCACAAAGGAGAGCUCGUUGAGGAACUGGCCAAAACUAUUGUGCAAAAAGUAAGAGACGGUCAUCAUGUGUUUUGCUGCAAGUUUUCUAGAGUCAUGAACAUAAUUUACUGUGUGUGGGAAGCCAUCAGGUUGGAAAUCUCUGCAGCUAAACUUUCAGAUUUAAACCUCUUAUCUUGACGUUUAAAACCGAACUUUUUAUUUUCUCCAAAAGUGGAAACUAAGUUUGUGAUCUGGAUGGGAUCAGAUUUAUGCUCAGAACUAAUCGGGUCUCUGUCUCUCUUAGAUUAUUAAUCGGAGGAAGACUUUGGCUGACAGGAGGGGUGAAUAUGACCAGGACUGGCCAGUUGAGCACAACCCUGACCUUCAUCACCAUCAUCAGUCCACCAGCGAUCAUGCUGCCAGCUCUGUCAAACAGCAACCAGGCCUCUUUGUAAAGAAAAAAAAAAACACAACAGUGACACAAAACAAACAAAAUAUGAAAUGUGUUUUCAAAAAGUGAAAGACAGAUUUGUGUGACAGAAUGUAAAGCAGAUACUUAGUUUUCGUCUUUCCUCCCUGCCCUCUAUGUGUUCCCAUUCUGCAAACUAAACAGCGUAUAUCUAGUCUGGAUGAAAAGCUGAAUGCAUGAGAAAUGCUGCUUUCACACAAAUGCAUCAAUAUCUGAUUGUAUCAUGUGAGAGCUAACAGUCACCUCGGCCACUUUUCUCAGUAGAAGUUUUAGUGCAUCACUGAUAAUAGUUACACUUUCACUUCAGUGAGAAUAUAAAUGAAUGAUCUGUAAGUGUACGGCUGCAGUUUCACUUUAUGUUAAUAGAAACUUCAUUGAAGUAAAGACCUAAUUAUCCUCAAUCACUGACGCUGCUUUCUGCUCUCCCCUGUAUAGUAAUCUGUGCCGCCCUCUGCUGGUUCACCACCUCACAUGCCGCUCUGUUGACUUUGUUUUGCAGCCAUGCAGAGUCGUGCAGUGUGGUUGAUGUUAAAUCAAGCACAGAGGAAAAGCAGAUGUAUAGUUCUUAUUAAGAUAAUUUUGUAUUUGUCGUAUCUCUUUAUCAGAGGUCACACUCAGCCUACUCACUGCUGGAGAACGAAUCUCCAGGUUCGACUGAGGACUCCUCAAAGGCGUCAGUGAAGGAAGGUGGAGGGUCGGCUAUGUCAACUUGGAAGAGUGUAGACCGGCUGGACAACGCAGGUAAGAUCCAGUUUCUUUUCUUCCUAAACCCACAAAGAAGGUUCUUUAUUUCUACACUCUUUUUGCAUUUCGGUUAUGUACUUUUGCUUAAAAUAUUUGAAUAGAUCAGUUGAAAAAAUUAAAGAUUUUCUGUAGACUGAAGCUUCAACAGCUGACUUUUUAACCCUCCUCCUGUGUUAGGGUCUGCACCGACCCGUUUUUGAUUUUAAACGCUUAAAAGAACCACUUAAAUGAGCUUUUCUGCAUCAAGACUUUUUGACUUUGUCAGGAACCUCUAUUUCAACAAAAUAAAAAUUAAAAAACUAAAUUGACUAAAUUAUAAAAUUCUCUUAUUAAAAUUAUGGCACUUGUGUUAGGGUCGCUGUUGACCCGGUUAGAUCAAUAUCUAAUAAUUAGAACAAAAACUGAAAUCAUAAGUGCACUGUCAGACACCACACCACACUUCCAAUCAUGUGAGAUUUAGGAAAUGUUCAUUUUUCCAUGUUUUUCUCUGCACAAAAAACAACGUCGGACAUGUCCAGACAUGUGAGAUCAAUUCAGUAUAGAUGUCUGUGUGAGGGGUAUACUGACAAAGAAAGACCCAGAGGCCCACAACAAAAAUAUUACAAACAAUAUUUUCAUGGAUAAUGAAGCCAAACAAGGUAACCUCGAGAUGAAAACCGAAUUGGAUGAUAGAGAAUUUACAGCUGAUUUAAGACACGAGUCAAAACCAACCCUUAACAUAGUGGGUGUGUAGUAAAAGCAAAAACAGGAGGAAGGUUAAAAUGAUUCGACCAUCACUAUCAGCAAACUCCACUGUUGGUCCGUUCUUUAUGUUGCAGCAUGUCUGAUUCCUUCUUUGUGGCAGAUGGUUACGUAGGUGUAUACAUGUGUGUGUUUGUUUUCAUGCUUGCAUACAAAGGUGUGUCUGCAGUCCUGCACAGCAUGGAUGGGAACUGGAUUGCCCUGCAGAGCGCCCAGCUGUCACGUCCCAGCCUGCUGACCCAAAGGAAGAGCCAGGUCUACAGUGCCUUGGAGAGGGAGUCUGCAGUGGUGUCCGCUUAUGAAGGCAUGGGCUCAGACAACGAGCUCAGACCAGAACUUGACAGCUCUGUGGGUGCCGCCCUCCAGGAGAUCCACAGAAAGAUGAUGGAGGCUAACAUCAACCUGCAGGACACCUGCGACAGGAUGCUGUCUCCGAUUAUAAAGCGCAGAGGCAGCAGAGACAGGGUCCUGUCUCCGAUGGUGGGCCGCAGGAACAGCAGAGAUAGCCUGCUCUCUGACUCCGAGGGGAACUGGAAGCCCAACAAACCUCUGCUGGGUGUGAUAAAGAUGAAAGUACCGGCCGAGAUAAGGCGACCUUCAUCUCGCAGAACCAGCAUCAUCGAUGUGAACUUUAACAUGGACGGGGCGAGCCAGGAAGAGAAGAAGGGAGCUGCAGAGGCGGACGUGCACAGAGUCGAGAGAUUGCAGAAGAAAAAGAAGAUUGAACAAGAGUUUUCCUCCCUGGUAAUCAUUUACAAAAGUAUUCAACUGCAGACUGAUGAUGUUGAAGUAGAUGAAAAGAUCUUUUUUGUGUUUGUGUUCAUUAAUCGAUGCAGUCAGAUAUAUUCUAGUGAGCUGGUUGGACCAAACAUAGUGUUGAAAUUGCCACUUUGGGCGAUCAAGAUAGCCUCAGACCGACUCUUUUUUCCUUUGUGUAUUCCUGAAACUAAGAAGAAACCUUUGCAGACAUGAAAACUUUCCUACAUGUAUUCUUCUUCUUCUUCUUCUUCGUUUAACAGGAUAACAGCAUAAAGGACAACUAUCCCUCUGACUCUGUGACCUCUGACGCCGGAGAAACCAGCCCUCCUGAACCUUUGGGCCUGGAUAACGACAUCACAGGACAGAUAGUCAAUCAAAUCGAUCAGGAGCUCGCCCUCAAACUGGAACAACUCGUCAGCCGAGCUAACGACCCGUCUGCAGGAGGAGAGAAAGAAGCAGCUGAUGGAGUGAGAGAUGCUGGUGAUGAUGAACCAACUGAGGAAAAGAAAGAAGAAAAGGAGGAAGAGGAUGAUGACAGUGAGCAGCUGCAGAGCAUGGAGAUAGAGUCUGAUGGAGGAGGAACGGAGGAUGAGGAGAAGGAGGAGGAGAAUAAAGAAGAAUACGACGAAGAGAUGAACUACAGGUUAAGCAAGCUUAUCACAAAGUCCAGACUCUCGUACUUCUCUUCUACUGAAGAUGAGCUGGACACAGUUGGCAAGAGUGAAGAAGAAGAAGAAAGAGAAGAAAAAGAGGAAGAGGGAGAGGAAGGAGAAGGACAAGAAGAAGGAGAAGCAGAAGGAGACAAGGAUGAAGAGAUGAAGGAGGAACUUAAUGAGCAGAGGGAGGAAGAGACGAAUGGAUUCACGUAUAAACUCUGUCAGCUGGAGAAGGAAGUGCGGGCCAACCAGUUCUCCUCCACAGAGGACGAGAUGGACCGAGUUGGCGUCGAAGAGAAGACAGGAGAGGAGGAGGAGGAGGAAGACAAGGAGGAGAAUGUGGAGCUGGCGGUGAAAGUGUGCAGAUUAGCUUACCAAGUCAACGCCAACCAGUUUUCAUCCACGGAGGACGAGCUAGACAGCGUUGGCCUCCUGGACGAAGACAUGAAGGCUGUAGAGGAGGGUGUGGAGGAUGAGAAGACAGAAGAUCUGGCACUGAAGGUGUGCAGAUUAGCUCACCAAGUCAACGCCAGCCAAUUUUCAUCAACCGAGGACGAGCUAGACCGUGUAGGCAGAGGUGAAGAGGAGGAGGGGACAGACGAGGAGGCGCUGUGGAAAGAGCAGGCAGAGAGGGCCGUCCAGGCCGCUCAUCUGAGGGAUUUAUCCAGUCUUGUCGGCCCCUCAGAGUUCUCAUCCUCUGAAGAUAAUCUGGAGAAAGUUGGAGAGACGGGGCAGGAUGUCGUUGAAGUAAAUGAAAGUGGAGAGUGGGGGGACGCAGAGGAGAAUAAUCAAGACAAGGAGGAAUCGUUUGAAGAUCUGGACGUGAACAUGUUUGAUUUAAGGGAUGAAAUUGAGGGAAGGAAGACGGAGUGCAGUGAUGAAGAACUUACAUGUGAUGAUGUUAUGGUGGAGGAAAAGAAAGAUGUGGUGGAGGAAUGUGAGGUUUUUAUCGAGGCUGACCAAGCCGAAGAGACGGAGGAAAGACAAGGGAUGGAGGAGAGAGCUGAUGAGGGACCAGAGGAGACAACAGAGGUCCAAGAAGAGAAACAGCCAGAGGGACAAGAGGACAAGAACGGAGAGAGCAACGGGAGUGUCGAAAGUUGGGAGACAGCAGAUGAAGAGGAACGUAAUGAGGAGUACGCAGAGUUUGACAGGAUAAUCAGCAGCAUGUUGAUGAUGACUCUGGAGGACAUGCAGGUGCAGACGAGCAAGGAUGAAGCAGAACAAAACGGAGAAGUCAUCAGAGAGCCAGAGGAGGUGGAGGUGGAUGAGAAACCAGGCGGAGAGAGAGAAACCAACUAUAUGGAAGUGAAAACAGAGGGAGAAGGUGCGCUGGAGCAAGUGAAGGAGGAUGAGGUGGUAGAAACAGGGGGAGAACGUGGACUGGAGCAAGUACAGGUGGAGGUGGAGGUGGAGGUGGUAGAAGAAGUGGAAGAAAGUGUGGAGAAAGUAAAGGUGGAGGAGGAGGAGGUAAAAAUAGUGGAAGAAAGUGUGGAGCGAGUAAAGGUGGAGGAGGAGGAGAAAGUGGGAGAAAGUGGUCUGGAAGAAACUAAAGUGGAGGAAGAAGUAAAAGAAGGUGGAGAAGUUGGACUGGAGCAAGUGGAGGUAGAAGAAGUAAAAGUAGAAGAAAUAAGUGAAUUGAAGCCUGUAAACGAAGAUGAGACGGUGAAAAUAGGGGAAGAAAGCGUGAGGCAAGAAAAGGUGGAUGAGGAGGUAAAAAGAGGAGUGGUUGGACUGGAGCAAGUGAAAGUGGAUGAGAAGGAAAAUAUAGAGGAAGAAAGCAAAUCUGAGGAAAUGAAGGUGGAGGAGGAAGUAAAAAUAGGGAGGGAAAGUGAAUCUGAGGAAGAAAAAGUAAAAGUAGAGGAAGAAAGUGGACUGGAGCAGGUGAAGGUGGAUGAAAAAGUAAAAGUAUGGGGAGAUAUUAGAUCUGAGCAUGUGGAUGUAGAGGUCAAAGUAAAAACAGGUAGGAAUAGUGUGGAGCAGGUGAAGGUGGAUGAAAAAGUAAAAGCAUGGGAAGAAACUGGAUACGAGCGUGUGAAUGAAGACGUCACCGUAAAAACAGGUAGAAAGAGUGUGGAGCAUGUGAAGGUGGAUGAGGAAGUAAAAGAAGGAAAAGGGAGUGGACUGGAGCGCAGGAAGGUGGAUAAGGAAGUAAAGUUAUGGGAAAAAAUUGGAUCCCAGCAUGAAGAGGUAAAAUUAUGGGCAAAAUUUGGGUUACAGCACGUAAAGGUGGACGAGGAAGUAAAAGUCGAGGAAAAAAGCAAAGUCAAGGAGCAGGUUGUCGAUGCACAGAGCUCACAUGAAAGCAGAAAACUGUUCCAGAGUCCCAGCAACAACCUGACCCCAGCAGUGAAAGAAAGUCCUAAAAUGAUCAUCCUGAGUAAAGAGGAGAGCGCAGAUGCAGCAGUCAGGAAGCAAAACGAGACGCAGAAAAAGACCGCUGACUCACAGGUAACGAGCUCUCCAGCAAAGAAAUCUACUGUCAUGUCCAUUAAAGAGAUGCUGGAGACGUUCGAGGCCAAACAGUUAUGUAAAAGAAUAGGCCUGCAGGAUGACAAACAAGAGGACAGAGGAGGAAAAGUCUCAGCCAUGCGCCAGAUGAUGGAGGCGCAUGGAGAUGCUGCAGAAACCAAAGGAAGGAUGGAGGAAACACGGGGGAGAAAAUCAGACAGCAGAGAGCACAGCAGGAGGUCAUCCCUCCAUGAUGUUCUAGAGACACCAGAAGAGAUUGCAAUGGUAAGAGCCACCAGAAGGCAAAAAGCUAAUCUCUGCUAAAUUUUGGUGCAGGCUAAUAGCUACAGUCGUAGCUUUUAGAGAAGUUAAAGGGAUAUUCUGGUGUAAAAUGAAGUUAGGAUGAAAAACUCCGUAACACUGAGUUACAGAUGAAUGAUGCUGACAGCUUGCUUCUCUAGUUAUACCAACUUUAGCAAUGACCGCAUGAUAGCAACACACAGCGGUCUGAGGAAAGAGACUAACAACUCACCUACUCUCUUCCAGCAGCCGCUUGUUUGUAGCAAGACCUCAGGCCAGUCCAUUGCGGACUGCUGCGGGGUGACACAGCUCAAGGAAGAACAUUUGUGAUCAUUACUUCAUCAUAUCCUUGAAGUAAUGAUCAUCAUAUUAAUCAUUUUGCACUGCAGACGCGGUAGUUCUUCUGCCUUAGCGUCUCGGUCCGAUUUUCAUUUCCAUGAAGAUAUGAUCACAAAUGUUCUUCCUUGAGCUGCGUCACCCCGCAGCAGUUCGCAAUAGACUGGCCUGAGGUCUCGCUACAAACAAGCAGCUGCUGGAGGAGAGUGGGUGAGUUGUGUUUAGUCUCUUUGUUGAAGAAAUCAGGCGAAGUUAAAAAGAUGUUUGAUGGCUAGUACUAUGGCUGGGACCCUAUAUAUCCUGUUGAUGAAGUUGCUGUUCUGAGCAUUAUUUGUCCCUAUAGAGUGGCGUUUUGGUUGAGGUUUGUUUAUGGCUCCUCAGACCGCUGUGUAUUACUAUCGUGCCGUUGUUACUAAAGUUAGUAUAACUAGAGAAGCAAGCCGUCGGCAACAUUCGUCUCUUGAUGGGGUGUCAAUCCGGUGUUGCGGUGUGUUUGACCCUAAAUUAAUUUUACAACGGAAUAUCCCUUUGAUACCUGAAUCUAUGAGCAGCAAAGCGCACCACCUCACUUUGUGUGUCAGAUAUAUAUUUAUCAGUGACAUAAGAAACGUUCACUAUAUAGUUUUCCUCAUUUCUCACUUAAGUAUCUCAACAUUAAAAAAAUAGAUUUUAGUCUCCUUUGGUCUGACAAUACCAGCAGCUAGGAUUGGCUUGUGUUAGUGAAGACUGAAAGUGUGAUUUUAAGAAAUAGCAAAUUUAAUUAUGAAAUCUAAAACCUCCGAGAAGUUACACCUAAAAAUAUGACAUUUAAAAGCUUUUAACACAUUUACACAAGAAAGGCAAAAGCCUUACUUUAGAUAGUAUGACACAAAAGCUAAUACUGCUAACCUUAGCUAGCAUGUUUCCUCGUAGUCUACGGUUAUAAGUGAAUUUUGAAUACUAAAUUCAAUUUACUAAGAACUCGACAUUUUUAGUUAAAAAGCUUGUAAUAGAUUUUGCAGUUGCAGCUUUACUUUGCCUUGCAUGAUAUCUAUCUAAAUGCUAAUUAGAGUAAGUCCAAAUUAAUGUUUAAAUGGCAUGACUGUGUUUUUACUUCUCUGUCUUAAUUUCUUAAAAUUGAAAAAUCGUUGAGUAGGCUCACUCCAGGAACUUUCUCUGACUAACUCUCUUCAUGUGCUACCCUUCACAGACUUACUAUUUAACCUCUCUGCUUGGUGCUGUUUUUCUGUCCUCUCUGUCUUCCCUUCUUCUUCUGUGCGCUGUAGGAUAGUGAUAUGGAGAUUUACAAAACAGUAGAGUUUAUAUCGACUCUGCUGGAGCAGGUGAGGAGCUUGAUUUGGUUUGUGAGCAUAUCCUGGCAAGAUUUGCAUUUUAUUAAUUACUUCUCUGCUCUCAUUGCUUCAUAAUCAUAAAAUCAUAAUUUAAAAAGAAAAAUUAAAUCUCUAAGAACAACACCUGUAACUCAGAGUCAAGUGAUAACUCCAUGAGGAAGAGCUUUGGAAGAACCAACCCUUGUCUGUGUUUUUCAGAGAUACUCUGCAGUGUCUCUGCGUAACAUCACCACCGAGGUCCUAAAGGUGCUGAACACCACAGAAGACCUGCUACAGGGAGUGAAGGGAGGAGAGAAACCUCGGUCCUCUAUCCCCUCACUACCCCCCAACACCGACCCCAGGAAACUGGACCAGCAGUUCUCCAAACUGGAGGAGAAUGUAAAUAUAGAUUGUGUCCCUAUUGUGUAGUCCCUGUGGUGUUGUUAAAACUAUAAUAAUGUUUGGAUACAGUCAGUACCGUGUAAAACUUGUGUUGGAUUGCAGGUGUAUGUGGCAGCAGGCUCUGUGUACAACCUGGAGGCGGAGCUUAGUGACCUGGAGGAGUGCGCCAGGGGCAUCAGCGGAGAAACGUCAGACAUGGAGAUUUCCUUCCUGGAGGAGCAGGUCGCCUCAGCAGCAGCAAAGGUUCAACAGUCUGAUCUGCAGGUGGGUUAAAGGUGUAAUAGUCACCUGCUUCCUCUUAAACCCAAUCAUGUCCCAAACUCAAACUAUCCAAUCUUGAUUUAGCAGAAAUAUCUCACCAAUAUCUGCCUACUUAAAUGACUUUAUGGAUUUUAUCUGAAAGUUGUCGGUUAAAUCCUUAAACUUUUCAUCAUUUUAGUACAAAAUGUUGUUCUUCAUUACAGAUAUACUCUGUCUUUCUUCUUUUAGAUUUGUGAUAUCUCAGCCAGAAUCGCUGCUUUGAAGAACGCAGGCCUCAACGUGGACACACAGUCACGCCCCCCGAAGGCGAGAACAAUCCCAGUGAUGGUACUUUACCUGUUUAUCUUUAAAGUGUACUUAUGACCACACAAACAACUUUGACAAGAAUAGUAAAAACCUCACUGCAUGUGCCCUCUUGCAGCCUGUCACCCUGGACUCAUCCAGACAGUUUAGAAGGCGAUUACCUGCUCCACCUGUGAAAGGUAAGAAACACGUAAUCCACACAGCAUACUGACUGAGUACACUGUGUGCAGAGCAGUAAGUUUGCAUAUUUAAUGGAGCAUAGUUGUUUUUCAGGGUGUCAGCAGCUUCCCCCUCCUUUACUAUAUGUGUAAUCCAUGCAGGAUGUUGCUGUGAAUAGAAAAAGCCAUGUUUUUAAAGGGAUAUUCCUGCGUAACAUUAAUUUAGGGUCAAAGACACCGUAACACCAAGUUAACUCCUCGAGAGAUGAAUGUUGCCGACCGCUUGCUUCUCUAGUUUUACCAACUUUAGUAACGACCGCAAUGGAAUCAGACCGAGACGCUAAGACAGAAGAACUACCGCGUCUGCAGUGCAAAGUGAUUAAUAUGGUGAUUAUUACUAGAAAUUAUCAUGAAUGUUCUUCCUUGAGCUGAGAAACCCAGCAGCAGUCCAUAAUGGACUGGCCCGAGGUCUUGCUACAAACAAACGGCUGCUGGAAGAGAGUCGGUGUGUUUAGUCUCUUUGUUGAAGAAAUCAGACAAAGUUAAAAAGAUGUUUGGUGGCUAGUGCUGUCGCUGGGACCCUAUAUGUACUGUUGAUGAAGUUAGGUGCUGUUCUGAGCAUUAUUUGUGUUUAUAGAGUGGUGUUUUGAUUGAGGUUUGCUUAUGGCUCCUCAGACCACUGUGUAUUGCUGUCGUUACUAAAGUUGGUAUAACUAGAGAAGCAAGCGGUCGGCAUGUCUUGACGGGGUAAUUUGGUGUUAUAGUGUGUUUGGACCUAAAUUAAUUUUGCACCAGAAGAUCCCUGUAACUCUACGAGUAUAAACAUAUUAAAUCCACUUAUUCCUGUUACUUCUCCAGUGUGAGUUGAACCUGUUUCUAAACAGCUGUUGCUUCAUUAUCUUUUCACACAUUGAUCGAUUUUAUUUCAUUACCUUCACAGACACAGUUUUUGUAAAAGCUCAAAGUGUUUUCCAAGUCAGUGAUAAUUUAUGCCACAAAAUGAAACACGUGUAGUUUAGUAACUCAACUUAAAACUGUAACGAUCACUUCGAGACUAAUGAUUUGUCUUUGUCUCUUAUUGUCCGUUUGUCUCUGAGAAGAUAAGGAAACCUAAAUCAUGGACCGUGAAAGAAAACCCCACACAGCAGUGCCUUCACCUCUUUGCCCUGCAGACUACAGGCCAGUCCUCGGUAAUCAGUCCAGAAAUCUUUUGCCUUAAUCGACUGUAAAUCUAAACAUGCCUAAAAUUACACAGUAUACUACUACUGUCUGUGUAUUUGAUGUAGAUGUCCUGUAAGUCAAUGAUAGUGCAGGAGUUUGUUGAUUUUUUUUUUUGUCAUUUUAUCACAAUAUGCUGUAGAUAUCACAUCUUUAUUUUCUGAUUGAUAAGCAGUUUUUUAAGAUGUAACAGAGCAGAUCAUUUUGGUGAAUAAACGGCCAGUUUACCCACAAAGUUCAUCAAAGUAAAGCAAGAAAAUCAGUAACAUUGACCUGAGAUGAAGUUGUUAAAUUAUACAGUUUGUGUACAUUUAAUCGUGUUAAUGUUCUAAUUAUAAUAUUUUUAUAGACUUCAUAUCAACACCGACAGAAUCAAAUUAACUUGAUGUUAAAAAUAUUAUCUAAAUUAUCUACAGUGACUGUAAGAAGCUAACUAUCAGCAGCACAGCUACUGAAAAAACCACCAGUUGUCUGUUUUUACCCUUUAUGAUAAAGAGAUUAUACAAACACGUGAACAAUUUUAGCAUGUUCGAAAAAAGAUGCAAGACUGUAUCAUGUCCAAAAUAAAUAGACCUGUAUUUUUC